GUCCUGGCCGCAGGGCCUCCCAGACUAAGGCUGUCCUAGGUGGGCUGAGGUUUGGUCCUGCUUGCAGGCAGGGCGAUGGAUUCAGUGAUUCUCGAAGGACCUAGCUGGCUGGCAUCAGGAUUCUGGGCUCCUUCGUGGCCAUGUGGAGCUGCCUGUGCGCUCGCGAGUGCGCCCCUGAGUGUCGGUGAGUGGCUGGUGGGCGGCGCGCGAGUGGCCUCGGAUGGGUGUGUCUGAGGCGCCGGCUCCCGGAUGCGCCCGCUGCGCCCACUUGUGGCUCCCGGGCGCCUCUGGGAAGAGCGGAGCCUCCGCCGCCUCUGCCGGGGACUCAGCCCGAAAGGGAAGGGAGAAGGACAGGAGGCUGAUGCCAUGAGGGCGCCGUCUCCCCAGUGAUGGCAGCGCACGCUGCCCCGCCGCCGCCGCUCAGCCCGGGCUCCUGACGUCAGGGCAGCCGGGCCCCCUCCGCGCGGAGCCCGCAGCCGGGGAGCGCGCCGAGCGGAGCGCACCGCGGAGCCGGGCGCCCCACCUGCGAGCCACCCGCCGAGCCCCGCGCCCAGCCGGGCAGAGCACGCUCAGCGCCGGAAGCCGCUCCCGCCCGCGCUCCGGGCCACCUGCGGACCCUGGGUCGCCCGGCCGGUCCGGGGCCCCGCCAUGCGCGCCGGGCUCCGCGCCUCUCGCUCCGGAGCAGCCCGCACGCCGUGAGCGCCGGCGCCGGUGCCGGGGCGCCUCUCCCUGAAGUCGCCGGGCGCCCGGAGCGGGGGUCGCCACGUCGUCGGGGGUGCGGCCGGGACCCGUGGAGUCGGCCCCCGAGUUGGGGGAGCGGGGCCGCCCGCGCCGCCCCACCAUUACCUCCUUGGGGGGCAAGGAGGAGCUGGUGGCGGCCGCUCCCCCGCGGUGGCAGCGGCGGCGGCGCGCCUGCCUGGCGGCCGUCGGCGUGCUCCUGGCCAUGGCGCUGGGGCUGCUGAUCGCGGUGCCGCUGCUGCUGCAGGCGGCCGCGCCCGGCGCCGCGCACUACGAGAUGAUGGGCACCUGCCGCAUGAUCUGCGACCCGUACCGCGCGGCCCCCGGCGGAGGGCCCGCGGGCGCCCAGGCGCCGCCGCCCGGCCCCAGCACUGCCGCCCUGGAGGUCAUGCAAGACCUGAGCGCCAACCCGCCGCCCCCUUUCGUCCAGGGACCCAAGGGCGACCCGGGGCGGCCAGGCAAGCCGGGGCCGCGGGGGCCCCCCGGAGAGCCGGGCCCCCCUGGACCCAGGGGUCCCCCGGGAGAGAAGGGCGACCCCGGGCGGCCGGGGCUGCCGGGGCUGCAGCUGACGGCGGCGGGGUCGGCCGGAGGGGACGGGGCGGCGGGCGGUGGGACCCGGGGCGGCGGCGGCGGCGACCCCGAGGGCGAAGUGACCGGCGCGCUCAGCGCCGCCUUCAACGGCCCCAAGAUCGCCUUCUACGUGGGCCUCAAGAGCCCCCACGAGGGCUACGAGGUGCUCAAGUUCGACGACGUGGUCACCAACCUCGGCAACCACUACGACCCCGCCAGCGGCAAGUUCAGCUGCCAGGUGCGCGGCAUCUACUUCUUCACCUACCACAUCCUCAUGCGCGGCGGCGACGGCACCAGCAUGUGGGCGGACCUCUGCAAGAACGGCCAGGUCCGGGCCAGCGCCAUCGCGCAGGACGCGGACCAGAACUACGACUACGCCAGCAACAGCGUGGUUCUGCACCUGGAGGCGGGGGACGAGGUGUACGUGAAGCUGGACGGCGGCAAGGCGCACGGAGGCAACAACAACAAGUACAGCACCUUCUCCGGAUUCCUCCUCUACCCGGACUAGGGCACCUGGAGCUGGGCCCGGGGGCUUCCCGCAGCCUGUUCCCUGGCGAGGAUCCCUCAUGCUUCCUGACGCUUCUUGACAUGUCGGAAAAGACACGUUCCCGCUGUCCUCCCUGUCCCGCCCCCAUCCCCAGUGUGCCUGCAGCUCACUAUGCUCUGGGCAGUGCUCCUGGCCUUGGGCCCCCAUCUGGGGAGGGAGAGGGUCACUCCAAUGUGGUGAGAGGAGCCCGAGCCUGAACCCCAAAGGCGUGGACAGCAGCGGUGGUGGUGGCAGCACAGUUUGCAAACCUGAUUGGACUGGACAGGCUGGGCAGAACUGCCCUCUUUCAGUCUCCCUCCUUCUCCCAGUGCCCAGGGGCCGAGCCUUCCCACCCUGGCCAGUGAGAUAGGCUAAAGCGCGCAUGAGCUCUCUGGGGAGUCCAAUGCUCCUGCCAAUCCCCCUGUCCAUCAGUCAAAACCCCACCGCGCAGAAUCCCAGCCAACGGAAAUCUGCCUCUCCGCAAAGGCCUGACUCAGACCCGCUGCGAUGCAUUAAAUUAUGUUUCUAGA